AUGACGCAGUCUCGGAUGUUGCCGUCUUUGCUGCUUGCUGCCUCGUCCUGGCUUCUGGUCUCGCUCCUGGGAUCUCAGCAGACCUCCUUCCUGACUGGCACUGCGCCGGCUUCGCGGCAGAGCCGAACGGCCAUGCGAGGCUUCAAGGAUGACUUCUACGCCUGGAAGGAUUCCCUGAGCAAGGAUGAGCAAGCUUUGAUCCUGAAGCAGGCGCAGAACGAGUUCGACAAGAAGUUCCGCAAGAGCGACACCUUCAGCCAGGACCUGCCAGAGGAGAAGAUCCAGUCCUUCGCCAAGGUCCUUAAGAAGUUCUUCGACAACGAGAAGGAUGACUACAAGAAGGACGCGGAGCAGCGGACUCCUGACUACGAUGCUCUGAAGAACAAGGCGGCCCUGGUCUCCUACGACUUCGGCCUGAAGCGACGCGUCGUGGAGAUCGACCGCGACGCCGACCGCCGCUGGAUGUACGCGUCCAUGAAGGCGCGCGUGGCCGAGGCCGAGGACAAGGAGGUCUCCGACAGCGCCCCCUUUGAGGACGCCUACAAGUUCUCCAAGGACACUGCGCAGAAGGUCCACGACUUCAUCUCCAAGGCCAACAGCGCCAGCAGCGCCCCGAAAGAGCUCAAGGGUGAGAUCGACAAGAUGCUGAAGGAGAACCCGCCCUCCGACGACUUCAAGGUGAGGUUCCCCCGGGUCUUGCACGAGCGCCUCGCCCAGAAGGCUUUGGCGCUGGCGCAGGAGCCCGCUUGCUUCCGCUGCUGGGGCGAUGUCUGCGUGUAG